UCAGAGACGGGGCGACACGUCCUUUCCGCGCGUCGCUUCGUGCGUGUUGGGUCUCGGUCGGUGCUGUCAGCCGAGGGUGUGAUCGACCACCGAGACACCAGCGACAUUCAACGACCUUUGGUUGUCUGGCUCUCAAGGAAAGUGAUGCUACCCCCGCGCCCCGCCGCGCCACCAUGGAGCCACCCUUUGGAAAACUCCAGACAUGAAACUUCACCGCCAACACGUCAUUCUAUAGGCGAUGUUUGCUUGGAUUCAAGCAGCGCAGAGAAUGGUCGCAUGGCUAUUUCCUCUUCCUGUGUUAGCAUGACACGCGAUACUGCGCGUAUUGAUCUUUAGUGUGUUAAAAAGGGAACCAUUUAGAAUGGUACUGUUCCACCACCGUGUGAGGGUCAUAACAAGUUGGCUCAUGUGACUCGCUGUUUAACGAAUGACAAUCGAUUCUUUGUGUUUUACAGCUGUAGAAGUUGGUUUGACCAGUAAAGCUUUAGGAGCAACAAAAUAGAGACACGAAUGAUAAUAAUGUAUAUCACUGUGACGCAUUGUAACGUGAAAAUCAAUGUAAUAUUCAAGUAGUAAGAUCGAUUUAAAUCAUUCAGAUUAGAUGGUCUUUAUUUGACAUACAGUGGGGGAAAUUCCACAGAGAAUCAUUCAAUAAUACUGGAAAAAAACGCACCAAAUAGGAACACCAUUUCCAGUUUGGUUACAUUCUAAAUGCAAUAGAGCUUUUAAAGCACUUCUAAAUGUGGUUUCAGCUCCCUUUUUUGCUCCUCUUUGCCAUGGCUUGGUUUAUUUUCUGCUCCUCCACUGAUUAUCUGGACUUGUGUAAACAGUUGGCAGUGGAGCCGCCACCCACCAAUUUGCCUGGUUUGUCUACAAUUUGGAUCCCGCUUCUGACUGGAAUGAGAAGGGACUUUGUUGCGGGGAUCAUGCCUCAGGCUGGGCCACUAAUGUGGUGGAAAAGGGGACUUUUUGGAUGAGCUCAUGUAACUUUUCCUGGCCAUGGAUAUGCUUUUCAGGCCCAAACCUUCUGCACACAUGACAGUUGCUGUGUUAAAGUAUUAAAUAAAUAAGCACAGGAAGCUUGUGUUUCAGCAUGUAAAGAUGAGCCCCUGGAAUUGUGCUGCCAUACGAAAGCACGGUUUUGAUGGUGCUUUUGGUGAAAGAGAGGGUUUUUAUUCACGGCUCCACUGUCAGCACUGUCUGCUCCAAGCUGUUGACUCAGCUUUCACUAGAAGCUGAAUCUUUAUUGGCUGGCUGCAGACUGGGAGGGUCUUCCCGGAGGCCGGCACUCGGGCAGGAAGGGGGAGGCUGGAAAUGCUUCAGCCUGAGGUCGACAGACGGUUUGUUUUCACUGCUGCUGCACAGAAAAAUCUUUGCUGGUGGAAUCCCCGCUCAUAGCCGCGUGUUGUCAUAUCACCAAAAUGAAGCAGCUCUGAGACGACGCCCUCUGCCCGAAGGCUCUUUACCACUUUAGUGAAAAGAGGGUGGUUCAUCGGAGAUGGAGGAUUUCGUCAUGGCCUCCACAUAGGCGUCAUCACGAAGGCACUGCUUCUCCAACUGUGAAAAAGCGCUCCCGCUCGUCCGCUCCACUACCUGUCUUGGACUCGGUUUUCUGAUCUGAAAACUGUCGAUAUGGCUUUGAACAUUUCAACGGGGAGAGACACCAAGUGGUUAACCCUGGAGGUCUGCCGACAGUUCCAGAGAGGGAAUUGUUCACGCAGCGAUGAGGAAUGCAAGUUUGCUCACCCGCCAGCGAGCUGCCAAGUGGAGAACGGCAGGGUUAUCGCCUGCUUUGACUCUAUCAAGGGUCGAUGCCUAAGAGAAAACUGCAAGUACCUUCAUCCACCAUCGCACUUAAAAGCGCAGUUGGAAAUCAACGGACGCAACAACCUCAUCCAGCAGAAGACGGCGGCCGCCAUGCUGCAACAGAUGCAGUUCAUGAUUCCCUCACCCGGACUGCAGUCUGUGGUAAAUGAUGUUGUGUUUGGAUUGUCAAACUUGUCUUGUUUCUUCUCAGCUAAUGUGCCUUUUCGUCCUCAGGGAAUCGGCGCCAACGCUGGUCUCGGAUACGGUUCAUACAUCUCACCUUUGAGCCACGGGAUGGGCCUGGUCCCCACUGACAUCCUCCCCAGCAGCCCCGUUCUUGUCCCGGCGAGUCAAGCUGUGACACUCCCCAGCUCCUCUUCAUCGUCAUCGUCGUCAUCCUCAGCACAGAAGCUGCAGCGCAGUGACAAACUGGAGGUUUGCCGUGAGUUUCAGCGGGGAAACUGCGCCCGUGGGGAGACGGACUGUCGCUUCGCUCACCCAGUGGACAGCCCGAUGGUGGACAGCAUCGACAACACCGUCACCGUUUGCAUGGACUACAUGAAGGGCCGCUGCACCCGGGACAAGUGCAAGUAUUUCCACCCUCCUGCUCAUUUGCAGGCCAAAAUGAAGUCGGGUCAGCAAGGCAGUCAGACGGCCAUGGCGGCUCAGGCCACAGCUGCGGCUCUGACUCAGUCGACCGCCAAAGCACUGAAGCGACCCCUCGAGGCAACUGUAAACCUGGUUUCCUUUCCCCACAACAUUCUGCAGCCUCUACCAAAGAGACAAGCUCUGGAGAAGAGCGGCUGGCCCAGCUCCCUCCUCAACCCAGGUUUUUUGCACUAUCAACAUCCUCUGGCCAGCGCGCAGCUGCAGCAGCCCACUGCAGCCUUCUACCCUGCAGGUUCUGUGUUGUGUAUGAGCCCGGCUAACGGUGUGGAUCAUUCUCAAGUGAGCGGCCGACCUGCAGAUCGCUGCCACCUGGCUGCAGCCAAACGCCCCAAAGAGCCGUUCUGUAAAUACGACUUCUUCACCGGACCGGACCGACAACAAGCUGCAUGCUGACGUCACUCAACCACAAGCAUUUCACAGGAGACGUGUCUUGCCGUUUGCACUGGGUCUCCGCGCCUCCUCCCCACUCACGUGACCCGGCGGAACCAUGACGGAUCCAACACAGGAACAAAACUAGCGAAUGUAGAGUGUAAAGAUUCCAGACUUGCGACGUGCGUGUUUGUGUUACUUUAGAUGUUUCUAAAGGUCUUAUUUGAAACGAUUGUGGAAGCUGUGGCUCGCAUGGAUCAUUUUAACUUUUAACCUUCACUAUCUAGCAAAAAAAAAAGCACUUGUUUGAACUCUUUUAACCUUUUAGAAGCCCACAGCCGGAUGUCUUUAAAAACGAACGUCUUACUUUUUAUUGUCGGUCAGUGCUCCACCUACUGGUGUGCCUUUGCAUUGCAUAGAGGUUCUGAGACGUGCUUUUAGUUUAACUUAAAAAUCUAUAUAUUUAAACUGUUACAUGAGCCCCCUCCCGCCCCCCUCUGUUUGUACGCUGCCGUGUGAUCCUCUGAGGACUGAAUAGAUUGUCUUACACUUGAUUUCCAGCACUGUAAAAUUCAGAUACUGUAAGUGCCUAAAGAUAUUUAAGAAGAGUAGUGACACAUCUAGAGCCGAGUACUUAUACGCCUGUUUGGAUUUCAAUGUAACUGUUUGUGUAUUCACUCUGUAACUGUUAUUUUCUUCUCACCGACGUUUCCUGAAGGAACAAGCGUGCGUGCGGUGGACGGCAACAAUAUGCAAUUGUCUCUGUUUAGAACAGUCGCGUUAAAAAGAACAGUUAUCUGAAAAUAAAUGUCAGAUUAUUCUAUUUUAAAUGUUGUAAAGUGUGUAUUUGAGAUGUUCAGACAAUCUACAAAGAAACUUAUUUCACUGCGUGUUUUUAUUUUGUGAGUCGUUCUGUGAUUCGGAUGAGGUCGGUUUCCGUCUGUGUUAUGAUGAAUGUAAUUUGGUCGGACGAGGUUUUCCCCUCCGAGGGAGCGUUCGUAUCAGCAAUGAAAAGCCAUUUGUGUUCAGGGAUCCUCGGUCCUUGUCACUGCCUUGUCAACUCUCUCUGUGCGCUCGCGCUCCAGGAUUUGCUUUCUGAACACCCGACACCUUUUGGGUCCGAGGAGGGAGGUUCUGCUGUCAGGAGGUGUGCAGCGGUCCUGUGAAUGUCCGAGUGCCCCCGAAUCCAUUCACAAGGUCGGCCUUGGCCAAAAGACUCCACUCUUCAUUGCGAGUCCAGGUCACAUCUGGACCACAUUAUGAUGUUCUCGUGGCUUAAAGGAGGCCGUAGUUUUCAUCAGAUGGUGAUCAGGACUGUCCCGGAAAACAGGAUAUAGACUCAUCUGGCCACUAAGGUCGAGGACUUGCCGGUCUCCACCCAUUCAACCUGAAUAUUUCAAGAGGACAUAUUGUUUUCCUUCUGCAUUUUAGCUGUGUUUUUCAUGUCAAAUCUUUAGGCCAAGACUGUCAUGUUCCCUCGCUCUCCUGAUUUCACCGGAGCAGGAAUGUUUCGUUGGACCGGCUCUUCUCCUUCUGAGUGUUUGCCUUACGAAAGUGAUCCCAAAAAAAAAAAGAAGAAUUCAAGUGGAUCGGAACGGUUUCGGUCUGAUCCAUCAGACUCAACUGGGCCUAAAUGUUCACUAAAACUGUGGAACUAAUUGUGUUUGUUUCUUUGACAUUUCAUACCAACAGUUAUCUCCCUGUAAACUAAUAUUGUUAAUAAAUGCGCUUGAACAUUUGCUGCAAGUGCCAGUGGUUCUGUGCCCGGAACUGACGCUGAAGCAGGAGUGUCCUGCGAGUGAAGUUCAGGUCCAGCACUUCCACUUCAGUCAUGCGAGUGGGAGCACAGGACAGAAACUGAGGGAGGGGACUGGAGGUGGAGGACGGAGGCCUGACUCGACAGGUCAGUUAGGCUGGAUCAAACAUGA